CCCCUUCCCCCGCUGUGUUCUGACUGUUCAUGUUCUGUUAAAAAAAAUGGCCACCACAAACCGUUCAAUUUCUGACGCGCUUGAAGCCUCCAUACGCGACCCAAAACACUCGUAAAAAUACAGAAAAACCAUUGUUACGGCGUUCAAUCACAAGUUCGGGGAUUAAUGGUGAUACCCAAUAGCCUGGAGCUGAGGGGGCAUACGAUGACAUUUUCACAUGUCCCAUUGUCUCACGUAUUUUUACACUGACUGUGUCGCGAGUGGAAAAUAAAGUGGACGAGAGAUUGAAUCGUGAGGAUCGGUUGGAGAUUGUUGGUAACGCAGACGUCGAGAUGCUGAAGAGUGGGGCUUUACCGAAGAAGGAGGGCAAAAUGAGGAUACGCGCUUUUCCGACAACAGUCGACGAAAAGUACGUGGAGAACAUCUGGGCACUGCUGAAAAAUGCCAUCCAGGAGAUACAGAAGAAGAAUAACUCUGGACUGAGCUUUGAGGAGCUCUACCGUAACGCGUACACAAUGGUCCUUCACAAAUACGGCGAGAGGCUGUACACGGGCCUCAAGGAAGUUGUAACCCAGCAUCUUGAGAACAAAGUGCGUGAGGAUGUGCUGCACUCACUUCACAAUAAUUUUCUGCAGACACUCAAUCAAGCGUGGAACGAUCACACAACGUCCAUGACCAUGAUCAGGGAUAUCUUGAUGUAUAUGGACCGAGUUUAUGUGCAGCAGAAUGAUGUCGAUAAUGUUUAUAAUCUUGGGCUGAUCAUAUUUCGUGAUCAGGUGGUGAGGUAUGGGUGUAUCAGAGAUCACUUGCGAGAGACUCUUCUGGGGAUGGUGGCUCGUGAGCGCAAAGGAGAGGUUGUUGAUCGUAUGGCAAUAAAAAAUGCGUGUCAAAUGCUGAUGCGUUUAGGUAUUAAUAGUCGUAUCGUCUACGAAGAGGACUUCGAGAGACCUUUUCUUCAGCAGAGCGCAGAGUUCUAUCGAAUGGAGUCACAAAAGUUCUUGGCAGAGAAUAGUGCAUCGGUGUGCAUAAAGAAGGUCGAGGCUCGCAUCUCCGAGGAGUCCGAGAGGGCCAAGCACUACCUCGAUGAGUCAACCGAGUCCAGAAUAGUCGAAGUUGUUGAGGAGGAGCUCAUCAAAGUUCACAUGAAGACUAUUGUCGAGAUGGAGAACAGUGGAGUUGUCCACAUGCUGAAGAAUCAGAAGACAGACGAUCUCGGCUGCAUGUACAAGCUCUUCUCGAGAGUGUCAGACGGUCUCCGCACUGUCUGUGACUGUGCCUCCCAGUUUCUGCGUGAGCAGGGACGUUCGAUGGUCCAGGAGGACCAGGAAGCCACGACAAAUGCAGUCCACUUUGUCCAGAAUCUCCUCGACCUGAAGGAGCGCUUCGACCACUUCCUCCACUACUCCUUCAACAACGACAAACUCUUCAAGCAGAUGAUAGUCUCUGAUUUCGAGUACUUCCUCAACUUGAAUUCCAAGAGUCCAGAGUAUCUGUCACUGUUCAUCGAUGAUAAAUUGAAGAAGGGAGUUAAGGGUAUGACUGAGCAGGAGAUCGAGGGCGUUCUCGACAAGACAAUGGUUCUCUUCAGGUUUUUGCAGGAGAAGGACGUGUUCGAGAGGUACUACAAACAGCAUCUGGCCAAACGAUUGCUGCUUAACAAGUCUGUCUCUGACGACAGUGAGAAGAACAUGAUUUCAAAAUUGAAGACUGAAUGUGGAUGUCAAUUCACUUCCAAGUUGGAGGGAAUGUUCAAGGACAUCACUGUCAGCAAUUCUAUUAUGGACGAGUUCAAGGAUCAUGUGCUGGCAUCAGGGACGAAUCUUCGAGGAGUUGAUCUUAGUGUGCGUGUCCUCACCACUGGCUUCUGGCCGACCCAGUCAGCCACCCCAAAGUGCAGUAUGCCCCCAGCUGCGCGUGAUGCAUUCGAUACUUUUCGUCGUUUCUAUCUAGCCAAGCACAGUGGCAGACAACUGACCCUCCAGCCACAGCUUGGCUCAGCUGAUUUAAAUGCUGUGUUCCAUGGACCUAAGAGAGAAGAGAGUGCUAAUGGAUUGGAAACUCCCUCCUCAACGAGUUCAAUUCUUAAUGGCAAUGCCAGUUGUCCAAGUGGCAGUGCCAUUAGCCCAAGAAACAGUACCAGUAGUUGCUCCAAUCCUAGAAAGCACAUCAUUCAAGUGUCCACGUACCAAAUGUGUGUUCUUAUGCUGUUUAAUAAUCGUGACAAGUUGACGUAUGAGGAAAUACAAAAUGAAACAGACAUUCCUGAGAGAGAUCUCGUGAGAGCCCUGCAGUCCCUUGCGAUGGGCAAGGCUGCCCAGAGAGUGCUCCUCAAGUUCCCAAGGUCGAAAGAAAUUGAACCGUCACAUUGCUUCACUGUCAACGAUAGUUUCACCAGUAAAUUACACAGAGUCAAGAUUCAGACAGUAGCAGCUAAGGGUGAGUCAGAACCUGAGCGAAAGGAGACUCGUAACAAAGUGGAUGAGGAUCGUAAGCAUGAGAUCGAGGCUGCAAUCGUUAGGAUAAUGAAAGCUCGUAAACGAAUGGCACACAACAUUCUCGUGACAGAGGUGACACAACAGCUUCGUGUAAGAUUUCUGCCAUCCCCAACGAUAAUUAAGAAACGUAUUGAAGGCCUGAUUGAACGAGAAUACCUAGCUCGAACUUCAGAAGAUAGAAAAGUGUAUACAUACGUUGCUUAAUUAAAUUUGUACAAAAGAAGAGCCGAAAAAAAGAGCCAGCCGAGCCAAGGGAAGAAGGAGAAAACAUAAUCCAGAGAGAAACAACGGAGAGAUUUUUUUUCGAUCAAAGGAAGAAGAUAAAUGAUUAUUGUCAAAAGUGUCUAUUUUUUUGUCCCCCUCCCCCUCCCCUCUCCACUAUUCAUCCAGUUUUGCAGAAUUAAUCCACGAUGUUUCUGGAUCCUGAGAAUUAUCCUGAAUUUUACUUUUCCCCCUAAUUAACAUUGUCAAACUAAGUUGUAAGAAUUUAAAAAGUAAGAAAACAUUGUCAAGAAUAAGAGGUGAGGAAAAUGAAGAAAACAUUAUUAUAAAAGAUUUAAAUUAUUCCAGA